AUGACGUCAGCCCACUCUCUCCUCCUCCAUCCUCCUCUCGUCUCCUUCACACGGCCUUCUCGCUGCUCUCUCUUCUCUACGCCCCGGAAUUCCCGUUUUACCCUCGCCUGCUGUUCUUCUCGGAAAACGGCGCCGGUGACGGAGCAAGAGGUCCUGCAGGCGAUUUCUGAGUCGGCCGAGAAGAGCCUGCCGUGCGUGAGGACGUACGAGAAUGAGUUGGCGCGGCUGGGAGUGGUCGGCGCCGUGGAUUUUCAGCAGGCGCUAACGGCGGCCGCCGCGGACGGAGGAGAGGCCGCCGACGAGCACAUUAGGGAGGGCGUGCCUGCUAUGGUUGUGGAGACUUUGUUGCCGGGUAAUUCCGACCCGUACAGCACAAUCUCGACCCGGCUGUUUCUUCCUGCUAGAAAAGUUAAAGAAAAAGCUGGUAAACUGAGAAGCUCCAUCACUCAAGAUAUGCUGUCAACCACAACUUCUAGAAACAUACUUGCUAUGACAUUUAGACAAGUAGUGUUAGAACUGCUCUGGAACUUUCAACUAGUUGUUUUUAGACCUGGAACUCAAAGGAAUAUGAAGGAUCUUGAAAACGCGAGAGAGGUCCCUGCAUGUGUCACCCUUAGUUCAUCAGAUGAACGGAUUUUAUCUGUGCUCGCAGAAGUUGUAUGCAUCUCUGCUCUUCAAAACACAGAGAAACAAUUUCUUGAAGAUUACACAGGCAAAACACCGAGUGAUUUACUUCAUUCGUUUCGAAAGCCUAGACGGAUUGUGUCAAAAGAUUCCUCAGUUGUCAUAUACAAAUUAUUUGAAGAUGAGAUAGUUGAAAAUGCCAAGAGCCUGCUCGAACAUUUUAAUUCCGCCAAGAACAGUUUUAAGUCUGUAAAAACAAAAUCAAAGUGGUGGACACCAUCUGCACUCUCUAAACUGGAAAAGAUUGGCGGUCCAGAAUUUAGUUGUUGGACUAGUGAGUAUGUUCCAGCUUACAAGCUACAAAUUGAUGCUAAUCGGCAUAAGGAUGUGAAAUUUGAAGGCUGGAGAAAAUGUGGAGAAACUAGCUGGGAAGUUCUUUUGACACACUCCCAGAUGGUUGGAUUGGCUGAUAUAAUAGAUAUGUACUAUGAGGAUCUUUAUACCCUGCCUGAUAAGGAACUAUCUUGUGGUGAUAUAGCAAGUUUCACCAACAUAUCUAAUAAAAAGACGGGAUCUUUCUUAUUAAAACUGUUAUCUGUCUCCCUUGCAAGUGGAAUUCUUCUCGUUGCAAUCAGUGCUCUUGGUCAAUUUGGUUUACCUUAUCUACAUAAAGGUGGGAAGUACUUGGGAGAACGCAGAUCUAUUCCAUCAUCUGAAGUUGAUAGUGCACUAAAUCAGUGUUCAGAUACUGUGAAGUUGGAAGCAUUUUGCGAAUCUGUUGUUAAAAAGGUAAAAGAUUCUCUGGGUUGGCCAGGUGAGAUAACAUUGGAAAGAAAUGUGGGUGCUUGGACCGGCAAAGUACCAGAUUAUUUGAGGAUGGCUGUUGAAGAUCAUUUAAACAACGAAGACCUGUCAACUAUUUCUGUUCCUUUAGAUAAAAUUGAUGAAGACUUGAAAGCAUCGGCACAAGAUAUUGCUAGUUAUCAGGUGGUUUUGUCAGCAGAUGGCAAGAUAGUGGGAUUCCAACCUCUAAGCAGGGCGGCUGUUAACCAUUGGGCUGCAAAUCCCUUAUCGAAGGAGUUAUAUGGAGGAAAAAAGCUUUCUCCUGGGCUGAUGGAACCUGGUCUCAAGGUCCAGUGUCCAGAUGAGAUUGCUGUCAUAGAGUUGUUGAUGUCAGUAAAACCAGAUGCAUCUUUUGCCUUCGCCCGGCCAGUUCGAUAAUCAUUUACCUGUUGAUCACAUAGGCAGAUGAGAAUGCACAUCUUGGUGAUGACAUUGCCAUCCACAAAUCCACAAUGUUUAUUUGGCAAAAUGAAGGUAGAUUCUGUCAGGUUUCCAUAGAAAUUGUACAUUGUACUUUGCCUCAUUUAAGACAUAGUGAACUUGUAGGCUUGAAACUUGAGGGAGGGUGUGAUGCCAGGUCUCUACUUGAUUGAAGUAGAGACUUCCAAUUGUCUUAACUUCUUAGUGCACAGGAAUGUUACAAGUAAAGUAUUAAAAUGAGAAAUGGAUACUGUGAUAUCAAACUG